CCUUUCCCCCCCUCACCCGAGCAUCCCGCAGGGCUCCCUCGAGCGCCGGGCUCGCGCGGCUCACGUGACCCGACAGUAGGCUCUGAUCUGUGAACAAAUAUGAGUCACUUGCGGCUGAUUGCUACUACCUUGAAACUGAAUGGCAUUUAUUCAUUGGUGAAGAAAAAUGUAAACACAAAAGCGUUUCCGGCAUGUCGGAAUUACGUUACACCUGGAGCCACAGAACCAUUCUUGAGCGGAAGUAAUUCAAGCUAUGUGGAGGAAAUGUAUUAUGCUUGGCUUGAAAAUCCAAAAAGUGUUCACAAGUCGUGGGACUUAUAUUUCCGUAAUGCUACGUCUGGCACUGUUCCUGGCCAUGCCUUCCAGACUCAGCUACCUGAACUAGCGAGCGGUCAGACAUCCCUUAUCCAAAGCCAUGGGCUGACUAAGACUCUCGGUAAAGCUGAAAAACUGGUUGAAGACCACUUGGCCGUGCAAUCAUUAAUCAGAGCAUAUCAAAUCCGUGGACAUCACGUGGCUCAGCUGGAUCCCUUAGGAAUCUUGGAUGCAGAUCUGGAUUCGUUUGUUCCAUCAGAUUUAAUCACUACUAUUGAUAAACUGGGAUUUUAUGGCUUAUACGAAUCUGACCUGGACAAAGUGUUCCAGUUGCCCACGACCACCUUCAUAGGAGGGAAUGAGUCUAUGCUUUCUUUACGAGAGAUCAUCAGGCGACUGGAGAAUACAUACUGUCAACACAUUGGCCUGGAGUUUAUGUUUAUCAACGAUGUGGAGCAGUGCGAUUGGAUUCGGCAGAAAUUUGAGACCCCAGGCGUCAUGAAAUUCACCAGUGAAGAAAAACGGACAUUGUUGGCUAGACUGGUGCGGUCAACAAGAUUUGAAGAUUUCCUUGCCCGGAAAUGGUCGUCGGAGAAGCGCUUUGGUUUGGAAGGAUGUGAAGUAAUGAUCCCUGCUCUUAAAACGAUCAUCGAUAAAUCUAGUGAAAUGGGGAUAGAGUAUGUCAUAAUGGGCAUGCCUCACAGAGGACGGUUGAAUGUCUUGGCCAAUGUUAUCCGCAAAGAACUGGAGCAGAUCUUUUGCCAGUUCGACCCAAAGCUUGAAGCAGCAGAUGAGGGAUCAGGAGAUGUAAAAUACCACCUGGGGAUGUACCAUGAGCGGAUCAACCGAGCAACAAAUAAAAACAUCACCCUCUCCUUGGUAGCUAACCCAUCCCAUUUAGAAGCAGUGGAUCCUGUGGUACAGGGGAAGACCAAAGCUGAGCAGUUUUAUCGAGGGGAUACCGAAGGGAGAAAGGUUAUGUCUGUACUUUUACAUGGAGAUGCUGCCUUUGCUGGACAAGGAGUGGUUUAUGAAACCUUUCAUCUCAGUGAUCUCCCAUCGUACACCACCAAUGGCACCAUUCAUGUUGUGGUUAACAAUCAGAUUGGCUUCACUACUGAUCCCCGAAUGGCUCGCUCAUCUCCGUAUCCAACAGACGUUGCUCGGGUGGUCAAUGCCCCCAUAUUCCAUGUAAACGCUGAUGAUCCGGAAGCAGUGAUGUAUGUGUGCAAUGUUGCUGCAGAGUGGAGAAACACGUUCAAUAAAGAUGUAGUUAUUGAUCUGGUUUGUUACCGAAAGCGAGGCCACAACGAGAUGGACGAGCCCAUGUUCACCCAGCCUUUGAUGUACAAGCAGAUUCAGAAGCAGGUGCCCGUGCUGAAGAAAUAUGCGGACAAGCUGAUUGCCGAUGGGACCGUAACACUGCAGGAGUUUGAGGAGGAGAUUGCGGAGUAUGAUAAGAUCUGUGAAGAAGCUUAUGCUAGGUCCAAAGAUAAUAAAAUUCUACAUAUUAAACACUGGCUUGAUUCACCUUGGCCAGGUAAGAGGUGAUAUUGCAAAUUUCACUGUGUGAUGAUACUUUUUACUUGCACUCCACCAAACUCCCCCGUUUUUGUGUUCAGCAUGGUAGAAAGUAUGGCUUGGAAAAACUUUGUAGUAAGUAGUUGUGGAAAAGGGGAGAAGGGGAGAAGGGGAGAAGGGAAUAUUUAAAA